AUGGACACCACCCGCAGCCAGCAAUGUGCUAACUGCAGCGAUUGCAUGCUUCCCUGCAGGGUCUUCUUGGGUCUCAGCUCGCCAAAAGCCCUUAACCCUCCGACAAAAAAACCCACGGCUUUGAAACAAUCAUGUGUCCCCUUGAGACCCUUCGGGCAGGAAGCAUCAGUUGCCCCCAGAUCAGGCCGCAGCAUCUCCAGUGGUCAGCUUCCUGGCCGCACCGCCACCAGUCUACAAAGAGAGCCAGGCGCUAUUAGGCCCGUGCCUCAUGUUGUUUCUUCACCAGCAGUCUCCCGUGUUCAGGAGCGCGGUCGGACGCUAGACAGCCAUGCGACGGCUGCUGGUGCUGCGCAGACAUCUUUCAUGCAGACGCAGCAGGCGAAUCCUUCUCCUCAGUACCCGCUGGUUAGAGCUGCAAUAGUUCCCUUGAACAGGCCAGGAGAAGGCCCAGUCAUGGCACCAGUUUACAGAGGACAACUUUCCAAUCCAGUGAUCACCACCGCGCAAUCUGUGCAUGGAGUUUCCCAUUCAAGCCAAUUCCCCACGUACAUCGUACCGGUUCUAUCUGCAGGAGCACAGGCAGAAAUUGGAGUAGGAACAGGAACAGUGGCAGGAACUGCUGCAGCUGCUCGACCUGCAGCAACAUACACAUCGUUCGCAGAGCAGAACAGCGGUGAAGGGCAAGUGGCCUGUUUCGUAGGCCCUAAUGGAGAGUUAUACGUGAGGUCAAACGUUGCCAGCAGUGCGGGGAGUGCGACCCCGCUUUCCCAGCAGCAGAUGAACGCAUGCAGGUCCCCGUCGUCUGCCGCAAGAAGUCUCUCAGGAAGCGUCACUCGGGCGCCGGUGCCUGUGUUAGUCGUGCAGGGGCGAUCCCAGAGCGUGGCACCGCCUCUGCCUCGAGUGUAUGCAGCACCUGCUUCGGAACCUCUCGGGGUGUACGAUGAAACAGGCAUGUCGGUCCAAGAGGUCAAGACUCCAGCAAAGGAUGGUGGAUAUUCCAUGGAGAAGCCAGUGCCCAUCGAGCUGGACCCUUCGUUGCGCGACGUCCUCGACGGGCAGAUGCUGUCUUCUCGCUCACGAGUCUUGGCUAUGGAGCUCAAGAAUGCUCUUUAUGCUGCUGGUUCGCGGUUGAAAGCUGGUUUUCGACCAGUGGUGUAUGAACAGGCUUUCUUUCUCGAGCUUGUUUGUGUAUUUAGACUUUUAUCAAUCGUUGAGUCAAUAGAAAAAAGGAUAGAGGACUUACAGAUUCAGUUGUCUGGCUCGAAAAAGGAGCCAGUCAGCGUUGACGGUCGCGUGGACAUAGGUUCUGGUCUGAUGUCUGAGAUCACGGACUCACAGAGUGGAGUAAACGUGGCUAAAGGACUUUCCAGCUUAGAGCGAAAAGCCGCGAGAAGCGGCCACAGGAAAGGAAAUGCAGAGGUCUUAGAUAUUUGCCAGCGUGAGGCUACGGCGAAGGAGGGGAAGGCUCCUGGGCCAAAGGCUGCGCCUCCAUUGCUCCCUAAGAAGUCUUUGGGUGUGGUGCCGAAGCAGGCAGUUCCAGUUUCCCCAAAGGCUGGGGAGGGGCCAGCGGCGACGGCAACAGAAGGCGCGGCAGGUGAAAAGACCGCUGCAGGUGUCGAGGUGAAGAGUGAGGUUGAGGCGAAGGAGGGAAAGGCUCCUGGGCCAAAGGCUGCUCCUGCGUUGCUGCCGAAGAAGUCUUUGGGUGUGGUGCCGAAGAAGGCACUUCCAGUUUCGCCAAAGGCUGAGGCGGGGCCAGCGGCGAAGGCAGCCGAAGCCCAGGCAGCUGCGAAGACCGCUGCAGCUGCCGAGGGGACGGGCGAGGUUGAGGCGAAGGAGGGAAAGGCUCCUGGGCCAAAGGCUGCUCCUGCGUUGCUGCCGAAGAAGUCUUUGGGAAUGCUGCCUCCGAAGGCACUUCCGGAUUCGCCAAAGGCUGGGGAGGGGCCAGCGGCGAAGGCAGCAGAAGGCGCGGCAGGUGAAAAGCCCGCUGCAGGUAUCGAGGUGAAGAGUGAGGUUGAGGCGAAGGAGGGAAAGGCUCCUGGGCCAAAGGCUGCUCCUGCGUUGCUGCCGAGAAAAUCCUUGGGCAUGCUGCCUAAGACGGCACUUCCAGUUUCGCCAAAGGCUGGAGAGGGGCCAGCGGCGAAGGCAGCAGAAGGAGGGGCAGGUGAAAAGAGCGCUGCAGGCGUCGAGGUGAAGAGCGAGGUUGAGGCGAAGGAGGGAAAGGCUCCUGGGCCAAAGGCUGCUCCUGCGUUGCUGCCGAAGACACCAG